GAGCACCUGUUUAUCACUCCCUAGCCUUUUUCAGAACUCUAUCAAUAUGUCUUUCGAAGAAUUCCUCUACUACGCGUCUCAAGAAGUCGUCAACUUAUUUCCCUUCUUAGAUAUACCAUGGGGCCCGUACUUCGAAGUCACACGCAUCCACCAGCCUAAUGAAACCAUAAUGGCUGUCCUGCUUUACAGCGUUGGCUUGACACAUGCCGUGAGUCUUUCAUGGCCUCUGUUACAGCCGAAGGAGCUUCUGCCUCUAGCAUCCAAAUGUGUACUUUGGAUAUUCAUCAUACGCCACGCCCUCUGCGCCUUCAAAGGUGCAGUUGAUUACGAAUACGACAAACACGUUCGACGCCGCAGAUCGCGCCCUGUUGCUCGCGGAGCUCUCACACCAGACGAAGCCUUCAAUUUCAGCGUUGUCCAGCUGUUACUUGGAACCGGAGUUCUUGCUUCUCUUCCCAAUGAUUGUCACGGCCUUGGGGUUAUUUCGACUCUGGUUAUGAUGCUCUACCCAUACGGAAAGCGAUUUACGUCUUUUCCCCAGCUCAUUAUGGGAUUCGGAUUUGCGGUCAGUGUUUUCAUGGCUAGCAUGGUCAUCGGUAUCGAUGUCUCACCUGGAUCGGAACAUUUCGUGUCCACCCUCUACAUGGCCUUGGUCAGCAUGCACAUUGUUACGAUCGCCAAUGUGAUAUACUCCUAUCAGGAUAUGCGAGACGAUGCCAAAGCUGGAAUUAAGUCUAUGCCGCUAGUAAUAGGUGAUCGGCCAAAAAUGUGGUUAUCAAUGAUGACUGCUGCCACGGAGAUUUUGCUGUGGAAGGUGGGAAACCGAAAUGACUAUUCAAUUCUUUACUAUAUUAUUAGCUGUGGUGGAUCAUUUUUCCUUCUGUCAGUAAUGUUGGCGCUUGUUGACCUGAGGGUUGCUGCGGACUGUGAAUGGUGGUUCAGGCGCGGUGCUAUGGGGAGUGUGGCUGUGAUUGUCUCGGGUCUAUACUUGGAGUAUGUCAUACGCCUAUUAUCAUUCUCAAUUCCCAGUACUUAUUCUACUCUAUAA